AAAUUAGAAAAAAGAUAAAAAAUAAAUCGCUAUGAACAGUUCAAUUUCGGACAGAAAGAAAAAGAGAGCGUAAAUCGAAAGGGAGAGAGAAUUUUCUUGCAUUUUCUCUUCUUUUCCCUUUUUUUCUGUAAUUUUCUCUGAAAAUUGCUCAUUUUAUUCAAUUAAAUGGACGGCCGUUUGAUCGACUGAUCUUCGUGUGUCGUGAUUUAAAGGUUGCAAGAGAAGAGGCUAUUUGUCUAGCAUCUCCCACCUUUUAGACAAGUGAAGUUUCAGAGUCUUUGUGACAAUGAGCUUUGUUUUCCGAGGUAGUAGAGGAGAUAUUGAGAGCGGGUUUUCAGGAUUUAUUCAUGAACGUCCUGCCGUGCGUAUACAUGCAUCUCGGCCUGUUAACUCCAAUUCACUGGCCUUCUUUGUUACAGUUCUGUUGUUAUUCAUGAUUUUAAACUCUCACCAAAUGUCUCCAAAUUUUCUGCUUUGGCUAGUAGUAGGCAUCUUUUUAAUGGCUACUAGCCUUAGGAUGUAUGCAACUUGUCAGCAACUUCAAGCUCAGGCUCGAGCUCACGCUGCUGCAGCUAGUGGUUUGCUUGGUCAUACCGAGUUGCGUUUGCACAUGCCACCAUCAAUAGCUUUUGCUACAAGAGGACGCUUACAAGGACUAAGACUCCAACUUGCCCUUCUCGAUCGUGAAUUUGAUGACCUAGAUUAUGACACCCUGAGAGCGUUGGAUGAUAAUACUUCCACAAGUCAUUCAAUGAGCGAGGAAGAUAUAAAUGCUUUACCUGUGCACAAGUACAAGGUCCAUGGCCUGGAAAGUGCAGGAUCAUCAUUGCAACAGGCAUCUUCUUCGUCAGUCACAAUUGAGCAAAAGCAAGAUUCCUGGAAAGGUGAUGGGAACAUGAAGGCUUCAGAUGAUGAACUAACUUGCUCUAUUUGCUUGGAUCAAGUCAACGAGGGGGAGCUUGUUCGGAGCUUGCCAUGUUUGCAUCAGUUCCAUACCACCUGUAUUGAUCCAUGGCUGCGGCAGCAAGGCACAUGUCCAGUAUGUAAGUUUAGAAUGGGGUCGGGAUGGCAGGAAAACAGGGAGAGUGAAUCAGAUGAUUCGGACAUGGUUUCACUCAACUCCCCUGGUAAUACAAUCGGAAGUAUAUAUUUACAUUAAACAUUAAUUUUUCCGGAGAUCCAUCUUCAUAUCUCCUUUAGGAUUGGAAUCUUAUCCAUCUUCGGCUCCAUGGAAGAAACUGAGGUUAGAGUUUCAUCAUGCUUAGCCUUGUACAUUUAACUUCUCUUUAACUUAUGCUGUUUCUAGCCCCAUCUGUGUUAGGGAUUAUCGGGAUCAGCAAUCCUGACAUCCGAGCAUGUAGUUGACUGGAAUUUAUGCAAUCUCAAUGAGACUUUUCAUUUAUUGCUGAUUACCAUCAAUCAUCUUAUUGUCAAGGGCUUCUUGGAAUAGCAGUUUUUAUGAUCUUGGACUAUAAUGGAACUUUUUUGCAUAUUAAUUUUGGAGCAUUUCUGAAAA